GUUAAGAGUUUCAAAGAAACAGGUUCGACAAUUUAUAAGUAUGAGGUUAAAUUAUUACGAGAAUUUAAAAAAUAUGUGGUUUGUAAAGGAAAGAAAAAGUUAAUCGAUAAAGAAAUUGUUACAGAUAUAAAUAAUCGAUUAGUAAAAAUCGAAGAACAUAUAAAAUUACUAGAGUAUCAACCG